AUGUCUCGGCUUACUCGAUCCCUCCGGCUACCCCGGCCCAAGAGCCUCUUUGGUAUCACCAGCCUCCAGACUGGCACAGAGCUCAUUUCACUCGCUCUCGUCUUCAACAAAAUUACCGGUGUUUACGGACUUCUCGCCAUCCUUACUGGAUAUCAGCUAUCUCUCCUCCAACUCUCGACAUACGUUUACUCCAUCGCGGUCCUGGUAGGACUUGCCAUCCUUACUCCUCAUGUUCGACGACAAAGCCCUUUUGAGUGCCUGGCCCUUGCGUGGCUUUACAUCAUCGAUACCGUUAUCAAUGCAGCAUACACCGCAGCUUUCGGUCUGGACUGGUAUUUCUCUACUCAGCUCAACGAGACAAUCGAAUCCAAGAAGACGGAUCUACCAAACUUUGUGGCUGAGGGUAUGCAAGGCCUGCGAAAGGAGGCUGCCAUGCAUGGAAAGGUCGUUCCUCAGGAAACGGCUGCGAGCAUGUUGCUGAUUGUUGGCGCAACGUUGAUCCGUGUGUAUUUCAGCUUUGUCGUCAUGGCGUAUGCGAAGCAGGUGCUGCAGAAGUACAUGCAACUGAUGAUACUCGAGGGCCCCGGCGUUGAUGACCAGGAGGGUCCCUUCGCUGAGGAUCUCCCUGACGGUGAGGGCCGCCGGGGCCGCCUUGGCCGUUUGAUGGUUUCCUGCGGCCGGGCUUACUGGCUGGACAGCCGAGAGUCUGACGAAUGGGCCCCCAGCCUGGGAGGAUCCAACAAGCCAGCCGGCGCGGGUACCCUCUCGGGCGAGGUUUAG